UAUAAGGUCAAGGGCAAAAUUAUUUAACAGUACAAAUACCCAAAAAUUCACGCACUAGUCGUCAGACGGUUGCCCAAACACUAUGAUGUACCUUUGUUACAUUUUCGUCUUAAUAACAAUAGCAUUAAAUACAAAUGCUGAACCUGCAAAUUUGGACUGGUGGCAGACCAGUGUCAUUUACCAAGUGUACCCAAGAUCGUUUAAAGACAGCAAUGGUGAUGGAGUUGGAGACCUGAAAGGUAUAGAAGAAAUGGCUGAACAUUUCUAUGAAACAGGUAUUGGAGCUAUAUGGUUGUCCCCAAUAUUCAAAUCUCCCCUGGCUGAUUUCGGUUACGACAUUUCCGAUUUUGUAAGCAUCGACAGUACUUAUGGAACAAUGGAAGACUUUUUAUCACUUCAGAUGAAACUUAAAUCGUUUGGCGUUCGUGUUCUAUUGGAUUUUGUGCCCAACCAUUCAAGUGACGAACAUGAGUGGUUUCAAAAAUCAGUCAAAAGAAUCGAUCCAUACACCGAAUACUACGUGUGGUUAGACGGAAAAUUAGACGAAAAUGGUAACAGAAUACCUCCAAAUAAUUGGCGAAACUAUUUUGACGGAAGUGCUUGGGAGUGGUCGCCUGAAAGAGGACAAUAUUAUUUGCAUCAGUUUACGGUUAAACAGCCAGAUUUAAAUUACAACUCUCCUGCUGUAUUAGAAGAAAUGAAGAACGUACUUAGAUUUUGGCUGGAUAUCGGCAUCGAUGGAUUCCGCAUAGACGCUUUGCCAUUCAUAGUAGAAGACAUCACAUUUAAAGACGAACCAAUGAUUAAUCCAAAUGUCAAGGAUGAUAAUUACACAUAUUUCUUGCUAGAUCAUACGUUAUCUAGGGAUCAACUAGGUACAUAUAAAGUUGUCGAAGAAUUUAGAGCAGUCUUAGACGAGUAUUCUAACCGUGACGGAAACACAAGACUGAUGUUAGUGGAAGCUUACGCGUCCAUAAAUUACACGAUGAUGUACUACAGCCAGCAGACACCCAGGGCUCAUAUGCCGUUCAAUUUCAACUUUAUCACAUACUUGAAUAAAACUUCGUCGGCCGUUGAUAUAAAGAAUACGAUCAAUCUGUGGUUGGACAACAUGCCUCCUGGUCAAUGGGCCAACUGGGUGAUAGGGAACCAUGAUAACAAACGAGUGGCUUCAAGAUUCGGUCAGGACAUGGUUGACCCGAUGAACACGCUGGCGACGAUGUUACCAGGCACGGCGAUCACUUACAAUGGAGAGGAAAUCGGUAUGGCUGACGGUACCAUAAGGUGGGAUCAGACGGUUGACCCGUUCGGUAAGAACGGCGGUAAGGACAAGUACGAGCUGAACUCGAGAGAUCCGUUUAGGACACCGUUCCAUUGGAACGAUUGGCAGAACGCCGGGUUUUCGACGUCUCAACGCACAUGGCUUCCCGUGAACAGCAACCAUUGGUAUCUCAAUUUAGCCUUUCAAAAGGUGUGCUUAAGAAGCCACUAUCAGACGUACAAAACGCUGUUGAAACUCCGCUCGUAUCCGACGAUAGCACAAGGAAAUCUCACCAUGCACACGCCAUCAGAUUGGAUUUUGAUUUUAACUAGACAAUUGGAAGGCCACGAGACCUUCUACAUUGUUUUGAACGUAGGGACGGAACAAGAAGCAAUUAUUUUAAAUGAACACUUUAAGGACAUACCGCUUCAUAUGAUUGUCCGUGCUUCGAGCAUAAAUGCAUGGCACUCAGAAAAUGAUUACAUUGAUACAACAAAACCAUUACCAAUGCGACCCAAAUCAUCACUAGUGUUAUCAUAUUUAUAAAACUUUGACCCAAAGUAUAUAUUGUAUACACUUCCAUAUUGUAUUAUGAUGUAAUAAAAUUACGAAUGUUGCUUAUGAUCCCACUUAAAGAUAAAAUACUAUUACCACUUAAUAGAGUCGUUUCCAUAUUUUAAUUAUUAUUAUAAAUAUUUUUGUAUUUUCGAACUUUAAAUUAAAUAUAAAUUUAAAAAAAAAACACAAAAAAUUGUUUUCGAUUAAGUUAUUUUUAGUAGAUUACCAUUGUAAUGCUAUUCCUAGGUAUUAUUUAAUAUUGAUAAAAUCUUUGAUGAUUUAAAUAACUUAGUCUUUUGUUUUCAAAAAAAAAAAAAAAAUGUAUUACAGUUAGACAAGAUAUCUUAAUAUACUGAGUAUUGGCACAUUUUUACUAGUGGAUAUUGUAACGUAGUCGGGGAAACCUUGAUAAUUGGUAUUAUAUUAGUUAUCCAGAAAAGGUUUUCUUUUCUUUAUGGAUGAGUUUUCCAUAGCUGAGGGUUAGAGGCGUUAAAGGACUGUGUAUGGGGUUUUUAACAAUAAUAAAACAGAUGGUUUAUAAAUCAAUAAUAAUUAUAAUACUUAAAAUAAUACUUAACUAUUUUGGAAGAUGGCUGUUCAUUAAUAAGUGUAUUGUUGAAUUCGGUCGUGUUGAUGGUUAGUUUCGAACUGCAUACUGCGUAUCAUAUUAUAUUAAGUAAUAAUUCAGACAUGUCGUAAAGUAUUGAGUGUGUAUAUUUUGUAUUGAUCAAUCAUAUAGUACGGAGGUGGCCAACUUGCGACUUGCGAGCUGCAUGUGACAUUUUUUCAUUAUCAGAUGUGGCUCGGCAUCUUAUUUAUAAAAUCAAAAUUUACUUUUUAUUAUAAUGAAUUUUAAUUUUUUUAGUAAGCAUUUAUAUAAAUUUAUCAAUCAUAUAAAAUGUUUUUUAUAAUUAUUUUGGCUCUUGGCAUGGCAUGAUUGUAUUUUUGUCCAUGUGGCUCGCGAACACGUUCACAUUGGCUACGUCUGAUAUAGUAUGUUAAUUGUAUAAUAGAUAUAUAGUGAAUAAUAAAUAUUACAAUAUUUUUUUUUCUUUU